GCAGUUCUGAUAAGUGGACAUAUGGCGCGGCGUAAUUGUCGUUGUUUGCACAAUUUCACCCUGAAAUAGGCUCCAGACAAGAUAUGAAAGACAGGAUUAUUAUCUAUAAAAUGAAAUGAUUAGGAAUAGAACUUAAAUAACAUGGCGGAUGCGAUUUCAACGUUACAGAAGAUAGAGAAUUAUUCAAUAUAUAUCACAACAGCAGAACCGAUUGGAUAUUCUGGCAACGGGAGCCAACACGGAACAGUACCAACAAUGAUGCCGAAUCUAACAGCUUCAACAUCGAGAGAGGAAAUGUUGUUACCAUUUGAUGACGUCACAGUGACGAUUGUGGCGAUUAUUUUGUUAUUUUUUCUCGUUUUUGGAUUCGUCGGAAAUUUACUGACUUUAUUGGUUAUCGUUACGUCGAGAAAAUUGAGAAAUGUCUUCAACCUGUUUAUUUUGAGUCUCUGCGUCUCAGAUUUAAUUUCUUCAUUAAUAAGUUGGAUCAAUCUAUACAGAAGAACAUGGGGGUUUAAUGUAUUUGCAUUACCAGAUUUCUUCUGCGUGUUAUACUGGGGCGCAGAUAUAUGGACCUCGUAUGUGACAGCUCAGCAUAUUAUGAGUUUUGCAAUUCUUCGAUUACUUUCCGUUUGGAAACCAGUCCUCUUCAGCAAAAUAAAAUCGUGGCACGCAAACGUCUGGAUCGCCUCAAUCUGGUUUAUCGCGUUUCUCAGUGGUUUCAUUCCGUUUGCCUUAUUCAGUGGAGCAAGGAUUAGGGACAGGAGUGAUCGUUCGUCCCCAGUUUCAAGAUGGCCGGCAUGUACACAAAAUGAAGAAUGGUUACCGCAGUACUCUUUGUACACACAGUACGGCUACCCAAUCUUUUUCUACGUCCCACUUGUUGCAAUCGCUUUAGUUUCCUCGGCUAUUGGAGUAGUCAUGGUACGACGAACUGCCCCACAAUCGAAACAUGGGAACGAUACAAGAGAUCAGAAAACAGUGAAAAGAAAACAGAAAGAAAAACAAGCAAUCAUGCAACUUGCGUUAAUUGUGGGAUCGUUUAUGUUUGGAUACAUUCCUUUUACAGUUUUUGAGUUCUACACCAUCAACUCUACGGAUAAGAGUUUCCGUGGAUGGAAAAUAGACUGGACGUUCGGAACUGCACAAUAUAUGUGUUUGAGAUUAUCUGAAUGUUUGAAUCCAAUCUUCUAUAACUUAGCUUCAACCAAAAUGCGCAGGGAAACAAAAUCAUUCCUGAAAAGAUUCAAAUGCAAUAUCGUUGAUCCUACAUCAAAUUCAAGCAGCAGAGCUUCUUCACAUUCACACACUGGAUUAGAACUAUGAAUAGAGCGAGAUAAGAAAGUUCUUUUUUAAGUAUAAGGUGUUCAAAUGUAAUCAAAGAAAACGGAACAUCUAAUAUUGUGCCGAGAAGUCCAGUAGCUGUAUCGGAACUCUAUCGUUGGCGAAGAUGAUAAUUGGAAAAAGUUGUUUAAGAAUCAUAGGAUACAGAAGUUCUUGAAUCUUCACUCUUCAAAUGGACUACCAAGUUUUUACAGCCGGGAUGAUAUUUCAACCACUCAUUUGACUAGAAAUACAAGCACAUGACUGGAUAAUAUACAGGGACAGGCGCUUUGGAACAUCGUACACAAUAACUUGCUAAUAUCCAGCAUACGUUACAUUCGUAUUUUUUUGUAUGAGGCGUUAAAAUGUAACUAAAGAGAACAACACUUCUAAUAUUGUUCUAAUAUUGAGAAGUCCAUGAGCUGAUUCAAAACUUUUCUCGUUGACAUCGAUGGUUGCUUGGUAAAAGGUGUUUAAGUUAAUUAUAGAAGACAGAAGUUCUUCAAUUGAGCAGUCUCGCAGCUGCCUGGAAAACACUAAGCUGUCGGACAAUUAUGGAGUGCAACAUGUAUCUGAUUGUUGCAAUAAAGAACUAGUCGAAAUGCUCCGAAAUUUCUUGACGGCUCACGGAAGACACUUAGUUGCUUCACAAUUAUUUAAGGUAGCGUGUCAGAAAGAACGUAUGACAUGUAAGCUUCAAAAUACGAUAAUAGGAAAAGCUCGUUGAGAUAAAGGUGCAACAUUCCCAGCGAUUUAUGCACAACCGCCGCCAGAUGUACUAAUGAUUAGAUAUAUAAAGCGCAGUCGGUGUUAGCAAAACGGUGCCUACGACAAUUUGCCGACACGGCGAAUGCCCUGAUUAGGCAUGUUCAUUUGCAAUCGAAUAUUAAUUUAAUUAUUCAAAUAUCUUCACCCUUGAAAUACCCAAUAUAUUUUCAAUCAUAUUAUACACAAAAUGCCUCACUUGGACAGGAAGACGUCCUUCCAUCACCUUUUGACUUUGUUAAAAUAAAUCUGUGAUCAUAGGGGUGGGCCCAUGUAGCGUGAAUUAAGUGUUUAGCUCUAUACAAGGAUUUUUAUCAAACGUUCAAUAAUCAAUACUAAAACCUUAUUCUAAGUGAUUGAAGUGUAAAUAUAUUUGUUUUAGUGUUCAGCAAGACUCUUUGAUCAUUUAGAAUAGUUAUAUUUAUUCUUGCUACAGCAUACUUACAUUGUACGUAUACGGAUCUGUAGUUUUAACACUGCUUUGUGAAGGGUUACUUUAAGAGAAAAUAAAAGAGAGGCUUUUCUAGAAGUCUUAUUAUCUCAAGAGUCUUGCUGGUCAAAGUCAAAUAAAAUUUUACAGUGAUAUAUUUUUGUUAGUUGACGGCAAGACUGUUUAAUCUAUUCAUUUGAAGUUAGAAAAUUGAAGUGCAAUAAAUUUUUAGGUGAUUUAAGAGUCUUGCUGCACACUAAAAUAUAUAUAUUUCUGUAAAGCUCCGUUUGACUAAUUGUUCAUGUAUGAGAAAGUCUGAUCUUGGUCAGAUAAAAUUUUACAGAAAUGUAUUUGUAUAAGUGUGCAGCCUAUCUCUGAAUUAGACUCUCGAAUCACCUAGGUUAGUUAUCUUCACUCCUGCUACAGCAUUAUUUCAUUAUAUGCAUACGGAUCCGCCGGCACAAAUACAUAGAAAAGGAUUGGUAGUUAGUCUCGCAGAAAUGCAUUGAUAGUGAAAGCUUAUUUAUUUCUCUCAUUUAAACGCGGUUUCAAAGCAUAGGUGCGCUAAGGAUUUGGUUACUGCGGGAUUACUUAUUCUUCUUUUAUGCUUUUGAAGCAAAGGAAAAUAUAUAUUGAUCAAUAAUUUAGAUUUGAAAAGUUGGAAAUGAACAUGGAUUAGUGAAUUCACAAAUAUGAACAUAUUGCAAGUACUAAUGAUUUGGUUUCUGCGAAACUAACUACUUAUCCCUCUUCUAUGCUUUGUACCUGUGGUCUGUAUUCAUAUAAUGCAAGAAUGGUGUGGAAAGAGUAAAGAGAAGUAUUCUAAGUAAUUCAAGAGUCUUGCUGCACAGUAGCGCAAAUAUAUUUCUGUAACGUUUUGUCUGAACAAGAUCAGGCAUCCUCAGACAUACAUAUUUCAACUAUCACUCAGACCUUGGUCAGACGAAACGUUACAGAAAUAUAAUUGUGUUAGUGUGCAGCACGACUCUUGAAUCACCUUUGAAGCGUAGUAUAGAGUCAUGAUCAUUAUAUGUCAUCCGAUAUUCAGGUUAUUUAAAAACAUCAGGUUUUGUAAAAUAUUAUUUUUUUUGAAUUUAUAAAUAUAUUUAUUUUGAAGUGCAAUUCAAUUUGUUUUUUUAAAUAAAAUUAUAAUAAAAUA